AUGGGCUCCUUCGUGGUGUGGGAGGGGACUCCUUUUACCCAGCUCUGCAGGAAUCUGUUUGCAGAGAGGGGCUGCUGCAGGAGGCAGAGCCAUUUCCUCCAUGUUGGGCACGACGUCUCUGGCAGUCCUGUCAGUGUGGACCUUGGGAAGUGCUGCUCCAGCUGCCCAUCCCAGUGCAUCAGCUCCCUCCACCUCAGCGUCUCGGACCUCUCCAGACAAUCCUCCAUGCUCGAUUUCCUAAGGAGCAGGAAGCUGCACCUGGAGUGGCUCCUGCUCCUCCAAGGCCUCAGGGAGGUGGUCGAGAGUUGCCACUGCAGCACCUGCCCCGAGGAAUGUCUUCAGCUUCCAGCCCUGAAAACAUUCUUUCCAGACUCUCCCCGGGAGGUCAUGAUCGAUGUGGGGAAAUGCUCUGACCCUACUGUGCAGGGCUGUGAUGGACUUUUCUGUGUGCCCACAAAGUUCAGCACUGCUCUGGUCAAAAACCCACAUGGUGAGGAGGUGGUUCAGAUACAGGAGAACUGUGAAAUGAAGGAAAAAUGCUAUCAUGUCUCCCAGGUGGAAUAUUAUGAUGAUAUUGUCCAGAGCUCUGCAGGACACAGGGAGGAACAGCUCAAGGAAAUCGAUGUGGGAAGGUGCUUGGGCAGCUGCUCCUCAGGGGAUCCCUGCUUGCUUAGGGAGUCACAAGACGGAGAGGAAUGCCUGGUUUGGGCACGAGCUGCCCCGAGACGCUGUGCCCCUCACAGCUACGAUACGCACGGGUUCCGGAGCCGUCGGGACCAAGUCUCCACCGUCUCUGCCAUCCGGGAGUGCAAGUGCCGGGGAUAGCGGGGGUGGAAGCGGCGGGUGGGGCUCCUGGAGACCCCGCCAGACUG